GCGCGCGCCGGAGUGCUCGCUGCACACCCAGCUUCGCCGGGCGGGAGAAGGGCUGGCCGUCCGGCCCUUGGCCCCGACGGACCCCCCGCGUGGCGCCGCUGAGCCGUCGCCAGGCGACAUGAGCGCAGCCACGGCGCCCGGGGCGCCCUUGCCCCGGCUCUGCUGCCUAGAGAAGGGCCCGAACGGCUACGGCUUCCACCUGCACGGGGAGAAGGGCAAGGUGGGCCAGUUCAUCCGGCUGGUGGAGCCCGGCUCGCCGGCCGAGAAGGCGGGGCUGCUGGCGGGCGACCGGCUGGUGGAGGUGAACGGCGAGAACGUGGAGAAGGAAACCCACCAGCAGGUGGUGAGCCGCAUCCGCUCCGCGCUCAACGCCGUGCGCCUGCUGGUGGUCGACCCCGAGGCGGACGAGCAGCUGCAGAAGCUGGGCGUCCAGGUGCGCGAGGAGCUGCUGCGCGCCCCGGAGGGGUCUGGGCCGGCCGCCGCCGAGGCACCGGGGGCUGGCGGCGAGAGCGAGCCACGCGAGGCCGAGAGGAGCCCCGCGGAGCAGCGUGAGCUGCGGCCCCGGCUCUGCGCCAUGAAGAAGGGCCCCAACGGCUAUGGCUUCAACCUGCACAGCGACAAGUCCAAGCCCGGCCAGUACAUCCGGGCGGUGGACCCAGACUCGCCGGCCGAGGCCUCGGGGCUCCGGGCCCAUGACCGCAUCGUGGAGGUGAACGGGGUCUGCAUGGAGGGCAAGCAGCAUGGGGACGUGGUGUUGGCCAUCAAGGCCAGUGGGGAUGAGACCAAGCUGCUGGUGGUGGACAAGGAAACGGACGAGUUCUUUAAGAAGUGCAAAGUGAUCCCAUCUCAGGAGCACCUGGACGGUCCCUUGCCUGAGCCCUUUACCAAUGGAGAGAUCCCCAAGGAGAACAGUCUGGAAGCUUCGGCUGAGCCCCAGGCAGAGCCCUUGGCUGAGGUGGCCACUGAGAACUCCAGGGCAGCCCUGGCGAUGUCCACCUCCAGCGACACCAGUGAAGAGUUGAAUCCGGAGGACAGCCCCAAGAAGCAAGACCCCCCAGAACCCUCCUCCACGGCCGCUGCCACCGCCUCCGACCCCAUCCUGGACUUCAACAUCUCCCUGGCCGUGGCCAAGGAGAGGGCGCGUCAGAAGCGCAGCAGCAAGCAGGCCCCGCACAUGGACUGGAGCAAGAAAAACGAGCUCUUCAGCAACCUCUGAAUGUCCACUUUGGCCCUGACCCUGCCUCUCCCCCCCCCCCACACCCCCCCAAAUCAAUGCACCAAUCGGCACCAGCACCACCCUCCUCGGCGAGCCUGAUUUUUCUAGAGAACUUCGUUCCCCCCCUCCCUCUGGGAGGCCAGCAGUUUUCUGCCCUGCUAGCUGCCCCAGCCAGCAAACCCACUCCGCCACCUCCCCCUGGGGCUUCAUCCACCUGGUGGCCCCUGAACCCCCUCUAUGGGGCCGGCCCCAAGCCAGGACCGUGGGACCGGGGAGAAACGGGCACGUUCCCUCACAGCCCCAGUGGUGACGGGGUCUGGGCGGAUCAGGAGACUGAUGGCAGUACCCAGGGCUCGGGGGCACCCAGCGUCCUGGGAGCCGCGACUUUGCCAUCUAACUGUUGUUCCUCUACUUUUUUAAGCGUGCAGUACCAGUGUAGAGGGCGUUCUGUUCCCUGGCCCCCGUGACUGUUCCUGCUUGUUGAAAUCCAAGCACAACCAGGUGCCGUGGCCUUCAACUUGUUUCCAUACCACCCCUGGAGACGGGGGCUUCCGGGGAAGACCACCCCACUCAGCCCCAGGGCCAGGCACCACCACUGUAUGGAAAACUCCAGCAGAAAUUCAUCUGGUUCCUUAAA